AUGCCGUGGCAUUCGGUCCGUUCGUCGCAUUCAGCCUGCUCGACGACGGCGCGUGUAGCAACCCUCGUUAUAGCGGCGCUCGCGCACGUGUCGCUGCGCGCCGACGCGUCGAUACAGGACCUCGUGACGGCGGCCGGCACGGGGUCACAGGGUUUCGGCUUCACGGGGAAAGCCACUGCCACUUACUACGGCGGCGGGCUCGACGGCGGCAACUGCGGGUUCGGCAACAUCCUGGCGGCGGGGUAUGGCCCCUUGACUGCGGCCGGCAGUGUGAUGCUUUACAAGGACGGCCACGGAUGUGGCAGCUGCUACAGAGUCCGGUGUGUGGACAGCCCCUACUGCAAGAAGGGCGUGAGCGUGACCGUGACCAUCGCGGACCAGUGCCCUGCGGGAGGGGGAUGGUGCUGCCCCUCGUGUGUGCACUUCGACCUCAAUAUGGCCUCUUUUAACCUCAUUGCGGAGCAAGUUGCGGGGCACAUACCCCUCGUGUACACCAGGGUUCCAUGUGCUUUCAACCGCAACAUCCGCCUCACGCCCACCGGUUCCGAUUUCUGGAUCAACCUGCUUGUGCGCAACGUGGCGGGCCCCGGUGACCUGGCAUCCGUCCACGUGGCAGAAGCAGGAUCCGCCACGUGGAAGCCCAUGGAACACGACUGGGGAGCUGUGUGGGUGCACCGGACAUGCCUCAAGUCGCCUCUAAGGUUCCGACUUACCUCCUUAAUGGACGGGCAGGUGGUGGAAACGCCUGGCCCGUGUCUCCCUGCGGGGUGGGUAGCAGGAAAGGACUACGAUUGUCAAGUGCAGUUCUCUGGAGGAGGGGGAGGGGGAGGAGGGGGAGCAAAAGGAGGAGGGGGAGGCGGAGGCGUAGGCGGUUGGGGAGGUGGUGGAGGUGGGGGGAAUGGGGGCGGGGGCAACAGCACAGGGGGGAAUAAUGGGUGGAGCGGCGGAGGGGAGAGUGAGGGGAAUUCAGGAAUUCUCCCACCUAAGAACAUGAAGACCCCUCCUCCUAAGGGUGCUGCUCCUCCAAAGAAGGUCCCUCCUGGUUCCGGGCAGCCGAAUAAGGGGAAUCCAAAAAAUAGCCCUCCCUCUUCAGGGCAGCUGAAUAAAGGGAGUCCGAAAAAGGGUUCCCCACCUUCCGGGCAGCCAAAUAAUGGGAACUUUAAGAAGCUCCCUCCAUCUUCAGGGCAGCCAAAUAAUGGGAGCCCAAAGAAACCCCUCCCUCCUUCAGGGAAGGUGAACAAUGGGACCAAGGCGAAAAAAGGGAGUCCAAAAAAGACCCCUCCUGCUCCAGGAACACCCAAGAAUGGGACAACGGCUAACAGCCCUCCAAAAAAGACCCCUCCUGCUCCAGGAACACCCAAGAAUGGGACAACGGCUAACAGCCCUCCAAAAAAGACCCCUCUCUUCCCUGGGAAGACGAAGAAUGGUACAAUGACUCCUUCCCCUCCAAGUUCAGGUGCUCCCUUACCAGGGAAGGUGAAAGAUGGUGGCAAAAGUAAUGGUUCUAGCCCUCCUAAGAAAGGCCCACCAUCACCUUCGAAGAUGGGCAGUGGGACGAAGACACCCAACCCGCCGUCGACAAACUCGUUAUUUCCUGGGAAGGCUGGAAGUGGGGGGUAA